AUGGUCAAAUUCACGGAUCGAAAUGCUAACAAACAAUAUAUGCCAAAAAAACCGAUAAAGAGAGGAUUUAAAAUUUGGUGUUUGGUUGACAAGCAAGGUUAUUUAUGGAAUUUUGAAAUUUAUACGGGAAAAGUUGGGGAAAAGGCUGAAAAACAAUUGGGUGCUCGAGUAGUAAAACAACUAUCGCAACCUUUACAAGGAAAAAAUCAUUGCUUAUUCUUCGACAACUAUUUUACCAGCUACCCACUAAUGACAUACCUAAAAUCAAAAAAUAUAAAUGCAUGUGGAACAGUCAAUCUUACAAGAAAAUUUUUACCAGCUUUGAAAAAUGAUAAGCAUUUAACAUUGGGUGAAUACGAUUGGUCUAUAGAUGAAAAAUCUACAUCGAUUGUUAAGUGGCGUUACAAAAGAAUAGUGAGUUUAUUGUCAAAUUUUCACAAUCCAACGGAAACCACACAAGUUCAAAGACGAUCUAAAUAUGGUUCAACUACAAUGGUAUCAUGUCCUAUAGUAUUGAGUGAAUACAACAAACAUAUGAACUGUGUAGAUAAAUUUGACCAGAAUAAGAAAUCCUGUCAGAUAGAUCGAAAGGCUAAAAAAUGGUGGCACAGACUUUUUUUUUCAUUUUAUCGAUGCAGCAGUAGUCAACUCUUACGUCCUAUAUAA